CUUUUGUUAUUUCGCUCUUGGACUCCAAUCGCGAUCCCUCCACCAUCGCGACCAUUGGCUCAUCGCUGCCGUCCCAAUUGACGCACGCACUGCUGCGCUCAGUAAACUCUCGGCCGUGCGACGCGACCCAGGACGCGUCAACCGCACCAGCUCAGAAGAUCUCCAAUUUCCGACAGCAGCUAUGGGUAAACGGAGCAAAAACCACCCGCCGCGGGCCUACCACGACGGCCUGAUCCCGGCCACGCACGACACUUACCAAAGCUACCCGGAGGUGGUUCCCGAUGACUACGACCAAGUCAAGCACGAGAAGAGCUAUCCGGAGCUCGCCCCGCCGCCAGAUGCCGACUCAAAGCAGCAGCAGCAGCAGCAACAGCAACUAGCCCCGGACGACCAACAUUCCACCAUCCUCCCCGCAUCAAGCGCCCAUAGCGCACAUCACCCGCACCAAGAGCAGCAGCAGCAGGAGCAGCAGCAAAGCCAGCUCUCGGGUUCCGGCGCGGGGGCCUUGCCGCUGUCGAUCACUCCAGUGAUCCCGGCGCUGCACCCGCUGCCGCGGACGUCGGGGGUGCACUCGCUGCGGCAGGCGUGGAGCGAGCUGGACGAGAGCGACGGCGACGACGACCGGCGGGGCUCGCUCCGGUACCAAGAGGACCGCCCGGCGUUGUGGAAGCGCCCGAUCCUCUGGGUGGUGGUCGUCAUGACGGCCGUCAUCGUCGCGCUGGCGGGGAUCCUCGGCGGGGUGGCCAGCGGGCGGAUCGAGACUGCCCUAGGUUCCAGCGGCAAGACCAGCGGCGGUUCGGCGAGCUCGACGCCGUCAGUGAUGGAUCCCACGUGCCCCAGCGCAAACAACCUCAACUACACAUCCACCGCCGCGUCAAUGCCCAAGACGUUCCGCAUACAGUGCGGCUCCAACUAUCCGGACGGGGACGGCGACCUUGGACGGCUCGACGAUCCGGUGGAUAAUCUUGCAGGCUGCUUGGACGCGUGCGCGAAGGACAAGCGAUGUGUCGGUGCGGUGUUCUCACCGGGGAGCCCCGCGUCGUGUUGGCUGAAGGAGUUCCUCGGGGUGGUCGACAAGGAAGGGGAGGCUACGGAGAUGGUUAGUGGAGUGCUCUGGCAGUAGCCUCGUCUGACCCGUGAUUAUCCUCCUUUUGUAUUGGUUAUGUGCAAUUCGGUUGCGGCUAGGGGGGUUGGGGUCCGGAGGCGUUGAGCAGGCGGCGGGUUGUGUUUUAUGUUUUGAGAUACCAUAAGUCGGACCCCCCAUAUACCGACCACCCCCAUUUUCCGACCGCUUGGCAAACCCACACCGCUUCCUCAACCCAACCACUUCAACUUACCACAAC